CCUGCGGCCUGGAAGGCCCGGGUGGAAAAGUUUGCGGAGUACUGGUUCUCCUCACCCCCUCAACCCCGGGAAAUUGUUGCAAGACGUGGAAACCUGACGCAGCAGGGUCGCCCGCUGCUCCGCGGUCGCAGGUGGAAGGUGAGGGUCGGGGAGGCCAGGCGGCCGCUGCGUUCCCGGGAUGGCAGGUGUGUAUUCUUGGAGAACAGGGUCGACUGCUCGGCCAGCUCCAAGUUAAGGCCCGAGGCCCGGGGCUGGCCCGGCCCGCCUGCACCUGGGCCCCACGGCCGGAGAAGGUGAGGAAAGCAGCAGAUCGCCCUGUGCUGACGCCGGCCUUCCCGGUGUGAGCAAGAGCGCGGCGGCCGCGGCUGGGCCAAGGAGGUGCUUCCAAAUCCGGAUCUGCGGCUUGAAGUCUGCAAGGUGACCGCUCCGCUAGCGCCGUCCUGGGCCUGGCCCCUCGUGAAAAGAGUCGGGCGUCCCCCGAAUGGAGCUGCCCCCCGUGACACUCAGAAAAAGCGAAACCCCACGAACAAGGCCGCGGCUUUCAGACCCGGUGAGCGGGAGGGUCCCGGAGGCCAGUGGAGCAGUGACCUGGUUAUCGGAGAACGUAUUUAUUGGGCAAAAACCACCCUCCCUCCGCUCGGAUCGAAGUUGCCUGAGAAGUGAACCGACAUCCCAGGAUGAAUUGGAGAGGCUUCAACUGAGUUACACAUCGGGAAGUGGGGUUUGAGUUUCUCCCAAGCCCCAAGCCCCUCGGACAAGGCGCCUUCUUCGGCUCCCGCGUGGGCCGAGACGGUCGGGGCGGUCGCCAGACUCAGCUAAAGGACAGAGACGCGAGGAGGAGCCUGAGGCUAGGGGCCGGUGGGGGCUAGGAGGAGGCCUAGAUAGCCCGGCAAAGGCUCCAGUCCGCUUUUUGCCUCCGACUGCUGGCUCCUUCCCCACCCGCCGUCCCUCGCCCCGCCCCGCCCCGCCCCCCACCUUGGGGCAGGUGAGCGGCGGCCAAUGGGCGAGCGCCGGGCAGGUGCUGGCUAACUCGCGCCUCGCGGCGCUGCGGCCGAGGCUGAGCGGGCAGUGCCGGGAGGACCAGGGGCGGGGGUCGGUCCUGGCUGGACUCGGGAGGGAGGGGGCCGGGCUCAGCCCCCAGGCCGUGGAGGCAGCUCGCAGCAUCGCCCGGAAGCCGCGCCAGUGCCUGCUCCGGGAGCUGCCCGCUCGGCCCCCGAGGCCGGCGCGCCUAGCCGCGCGCCGUGGCCAGACUCCGCGCUCGCUUGCUCUCACGCCCCUCGCCUCUCCGCGCCUGGCUCGCCGACAGGGUCUGAGCGCGGGCGGGCGGGCGGGGGAGGUGAGGGGUGCUGGUGUGUGUGCAUGUGCCUGGCUGGGUGCACACCCCGCACGGCGGCGGCGCCAGGACGCGGAGCGCUCCCCGGAGCCCGGCUGCCUCCCUCGGCUCUGGCGACCGCGACCAUGUUCCAGCCCACAGCCAAGCGCGGCUUUACCAUCGAGUCCUUGGUAGCCAAGGACGGCGGCACCGGCGGGGGCACUGGCGGCGGGGGCGCCGGCUCGCAUCCCCUGGCGGCGGCCGCCUCGGAGGAGCCGCUCCGGCCCACGGCGCUCAAUUACCCUCACCCUGGCGCGGCCGAGGCGGCCUUCGUGAGCGGCUUCCCCGCCGCCGCCGCCGCCGCCGCCGCCGCCGCCGCGGGCGCGGGCCGCUCGCUCUACGGUGGGCCCGAGCUUGUGUUCCCCGAGGCCAUGAACCACCCCGCGCUGACCGUGCACCCGGCGCACCAGCUGGGCGCCUCCCCACUGCAGCCCCCGCACUCCUUCUUCGGCGCCCAGCACCGGGACCCUCUGCACUUCUACCCCUGGGUCCUGCGGAACCGCUUCUUCGGCCACCGCUUCCAGGCGAGCGACGUGCCCCAGGACGGGCUGCUUCUGCACGGCCCCUUCGCGCGCAAGCCCAAGCGGAUCCGCACGGCCUUCUCGCCCUCGCAGCUCCUGCGGCUGGAGCGCGCCUUCGAGAAGAACCACUACGUGGUGGGCGCCGAGCGGAAGCAGCUGGCCGGCAGCCUCAGCCUCUCCGAGACGCAGGUGAAGGUGUGGUUCCAGAACCGGAGGACAAAGUACAAGCGGCAGAAGCUGGAAGAAGAGGGACCGGAGUCUGAGCAGAAGAAGAAAGGUUCCCACCACAUCAACCGGUGGCGCAUCGCCACGAAGCAGGCCAACGGGGAGGACAUUGAUGUCACCUCCAAUGACUAGGGUGGGCAGCCACGGAUCAAGGAGGGCAGAGCCUCUGCUCGCUGCUGGCCAGGCCCCCCCGGGUGGGCCCAGCUGGACUCUGGCCGCUCCCCCGCCAGGCUUCAGGGAGGCCUCGAGUCAUGGCCCCACAGGGCUUGGAGCCUGGGGCCACCACUGACAGAGGGACAAGAAAUGGGCUGGCCGAGGCCCGGGACUCCACCUUCUCCUCGGAGAGCCCGCCUGCCUGGGCAGGCCGCCAGCCUCAGCAGCCUCCCAGCCACUCUCCACUUCUCCAAUCUCCUGUUUGUUUUGAUGCAUUUCUGUUUUAAUUUAUUUUCCAGGCCCUCGCUGUAGUUCUUAGUGAUCUCCUUGUAUCUCCCUUCCCUAUGGGAAUAAUAAAAGUCUCUCUCUUAAUGACACGGGCAUCCAGCUCCACCCCCAGAGCCUGGGAGCCUGGGAGGUGGCUUCCGGCUCUGGGGACCAGCUGGGACUGGCAGACCAAGCUUGUACAGUGCCCGGGAGCCCAGGGUGUGGCCUUGGAGACUCAGCUCAUUAACUUCUCUCCUUCGUCGAUGGUCCACCCUGGCUCCAACUCCAGCUAUCUAGUGAGAGACACUGAGGCUGGACAUGGGGAAGGACCACCCUGUGGCUUAAAGGAGGCUAUCUACGUUCAGGUCUUCCCAGGCUUUUAGAGUAAUGGGAAACAGGGCCAUGUGGCUUUAAGAAGAGAGAACCGGUGCACUUCUGCAUACUGAAUCUGGUGGCUCCUCCAGUUGAGGAGAAACUAGAGAAAAAAGAGAAUAUUGGGAGCUAAGGGAUAGAGCACCAUUCACAGAAGUUGACUAUCCCAGCCCCAGGUCCUGGCCCCACCAGGAUGUUCAUCCAUCCCCGGAGAACCCCUCCUAUGCAGAUGAAAGCUUCCGAGAUGGGGUGUAAGGCUGAACCUACAACCUGUCCCCAGAGACACAGGGUCUCUAGUCAGGAAAGAGCAACAAGGCAGGGCCCAACUGAGCUUUUAGUUCACCAGCCCUUCUGCUCAUCCCCUUGCCUUUCCUUAAAAGCAAAACCUGUAUUCCUAACAACCUCUCCCUUAUGACAUCCAGACCUGUCUUCACUUCUUUACCUCCCACGUGCUCCCCAACUCUCCGCUAAUGCCAAUCACCUCACCAGUCACCAAUCAUCACCACCCCUGGGGGCCAAACUCAUCUGCUUCCUGUUUGGCUUCACCUACAUGCCACCGAUCUUCUGGCCAUUCCCUCCCGCACCCCUCCCUGCCUUAGUCCCAGUACCUCUGACACUGUCACCUCUGGCCUAUCCGAGUCCUCCCAUCUCAUCCUGGCCUCAUUGCCCCUGCCCACCAUAGGGGCAGUCCUUGCGCCUCCUGCCUCUUCACUGUGCCCUCCUGGGCCACACAUCCAUGUCCAGGACUUCUCCUGGCUCCCUGGACUCCUUCCAGCAGACCUCUGCCGAGCUGCAGACCCACCGAGCCAGCUGCCCACAUCUGCUGCACUCAGGCCUUCGGCCCCUCGAACCCAGCACAUACACAGCUGACUCAUCUCCCCAUCCAUUCUCCUCCAGGACUGCCCACCUCGGGGCCAAGGUUUCUUCUCCCUUGGGAAGCAAUGUGCACGGCUCUUGGGGGGUUGGGAGGGGAGGGAAGGAGUGGUAGACAGAAUGAGGUUUGUGUGGGUGUCAAAGAUGAGGCCCCUUCAAAGGAGGACCUCCAUAGAGUGGCUAGGUUUCUCUUCCUUGAACCCAAGCAGGACUGUGUCACACCCUUCCUAAGCCCUCCACUCUACCCCCUACUUCUUUCCCACCCUUGGCCUCUCCUACCUCACUUCUGGUGUCCUCUGCUUCAGUCUUGCCCAUGUCAUUCCUGUCCCCCCAGUGAGCCAUGGGUUUUGCCUGUGCUGUGCCUUUACUUAAUGCUUCUCUUGGCUCCUGGAAUGUGCUGGGGGCUUGAUCAAUGUUGAUGUCAAUGUUGAAGACUUGAUGCCUGGGGCACACAGGGAUCCGAGCCCAGAAGGCCAUUUUGCUGGGACUGUCAGCAUCUCACUUGGGUCCAGUCAAUGCUAGAAACCAAAGGGCUUCUCCCAUCCCAAUGCCCCACCUCCCCAUCAACCAGGAAACACAUUCCUCACAUGUUGAACGUCCUAACUUCAAGGUGCAUUCUCUCACUGCCAAGCAGGUGGAUAACCCCUGGGGAGCGUGCACACACAGGGAGGGUGAGGUCGAGAAGGAGAGGCAUUCUUUUGGCACCGGCGGGGGCAGAGGAAUGGGUGAGCUGUUCCUCUCAAGAUUCUCUCACUUGGUGGGGGAGGGGGUGCAUGAGGAUCACAGCAGAGCAGCCCCAGCCAUCCAGAUAAAGGGCUGGAAAGGACCCAAGGAAACCUGCCAAUCUUCCUAGGCCAGGCCUGCGAGGGGUGGGGCGGGAGUCCCCACCGCACUCCCAUCCACCCCCCCGUGUUGUGCCUCUCCCUGCAGACGGUAAAUAUUGGUGU